AUGAAAUAAGAAUAAUAUACUUCUUGGCAUAAUACAAGGAUAAGAUGGUUUUUGUUGGCAUUGACAUGUUUGUUUUAAAUUGGUUGUUCAAUAUGCAUUGAUUUUCCUUUUGUUUUAUCAACAGAAAUCUAGAACAACUUCAAUGUACAUCAAUAAGACAUUAAUUAUCUUUAUGCCAUCUAUUCUAUGCCCAAUAUUCUAUUGCCUUUUUUUGGAGGAAUUAUUAUAGACAAAAUUGGUAUUAGAAGUGCAUUACUUAUUUUUUGUUCGUUUUUGAUUAUUGGUUAAAGUAAAUUUUUAUUUAAUUUAGGUUUAUGUGUAUAAGGUGCUUAAACUAAAAAUUUUAACUUGCUCAAAUUUGGUAUGUUCUUUUUAGGUGUUGGUGCUGAAGUUAGUUUGUUAGUCACUUAAAGUACUUUGCUAACUAAGUGGUUUUUAGGAAAAGAAAUCUCUUUAGCUUUUGGGUAAAUUAAUUAAUUUUCUUAGGGUUUAAUUGACUUUCAUUAGAGUAGGAUCAAUAAUUGCUGUUAAUUAACUUCCUCAAAUAUAUGUAAGUUAUGGAAAUAGUUUUGGAGCUUGUAUGAUUUAUUGUUUGGCUAUUAUUUUAAUUACCACAGUAUCUUGCAUAAUUUAAACAAUAAUUGAUUUUAUAAGUGACAAAAGGGAUUCAAAUCAUUAUUAAUCUUAAACAUAAUUAUUAUUAGAGUAAUAAAAACCAGUGAGUUGUAAGGAUUUAAAAGAAUUCAAUUAUGAUUUCUAUUUAAUUUCUAUUAGUUGUAUGUGUGGAUAUUGCAUCUUUUUAAUAUUAUAAUUAAAUGCUCUUCGUAUGUUUUAAAUAAGGUUAAUUUUUAUAAUAAUUUUAGAUAUAAUUUAACAUUUUCUUAUUAAACAUUACUUUAUAGUUUACCUUACAUUAUCUGUAUUAUUUUAACACCAAUUGUGGGUCAUUUAAUAGAUAAAGUAGGAAAGAGACCUUAUUUUUUAAUUGUUUCUGGGUGCUUGGCAACAUCAUCAAUAAUUGUUUAUUCAUUAAAUGUUGAUUGUUCAGUAUAGAAUUAAUGUUUGAAUUAUGUACUAGCAGCAUAAUUAAUAAAUGGAUUGUUUUUUGCUUUAUUUGCUCCUUUGAUUUGGCCUUGUAUUCCAAUUUGUGUCAGCUCUAAUACACAAGGAACUGGAUUUGGAGUAGUUUGUUCUAUGUAAAAUGCUGGUCUAACUGUAUUUCCAAUAAUUGUAGGUAGAAUUCUGCUUAAUGAAAAUCCAAUAAAUUAUCAACAUAUGAUAUAUUUUUUAGGAUUUAUUGCACUCUUAGCUAAUAUUAGCAAUAUUAAUAUAUAUUUUUAUGACAUAUAUCAUGGUAAUAAAUUAAUGUCACCAACAAUUAAAUUACCAGAAUAUGAGAUUGUUCUUGAGUAAGAAGAUGAAUAAAAAUGA